ACAAGUGUGAAGCCUGGAAGCCGGCGGGUGCCGCUGUGUAGGAAAGAAGCUAAAGCACUUCCAGAGCCUGUCCGGAGCUCAGAGGUUCGGAAGACUUAUCGACCAUGGAGCGCGCGUCCUGCUUGUUGCUGCUGCUGCUGCCGCUGGUGCACGUCUCUGCGACCACGCCAGAACCUUGUGAGCUGGACGAUGAAGAUUUCCGCUGCGUCUGCAACUUCUCCGAACCUCAGCCCGACUGGUCCGAAGCCUUCCAAUGUGUGUCUGCAGUAGAGGUGGAGAUCCGUGCCGGCGGUCUCAACCUAGAGCCGUUUCUAAAGCGCGUCGAUGCGGACGCCGACCUGCGGCAGUAUGCUGACACGGUCAAGGCUCUCCGCGUGCGGCGGCUCACAGUGGGAGCCGCACAGGUUCCUGCUCAGCUACUGGUAGUCGCCCUGCGUGUGCUAGCGUACUCCCGCCUCAAGGAACUGACGCUCGAGGACCUAAAGAUAACCGGCACCAUGCCUCCGCUGCCUCUGGAAGCCACAGGACUUGCACUCUCCAGCUUGCGCCUACGCAACGUGUCGUGGGCGACAGGGCGUUCUUGGCUCGCCGAGCUGCAGCAGUGGCUCAAGCCAGGCCUCAAGGUACUGAGCAUUGCCCAAGCACACUCGCCUGCCUUUUCCUGCGAACAGGUUCGCGCCUUCCCGGCCCUUACCAGCCUAGACCUGUCUGACAAUCCUGGACUGGGCGAACGCGGACUGAUCGCGGCUCUCUGUCCCCACAAGUUCCCGGCCAUCCAGAAUCUAGCGCUGCGCAACACAGGAAUGGAGACGCCCACAGGCGUGUGCGCCGCACUGGCGGCGGCAGGUGUGCAGCCCCACAGCCUAGACCUCAGCCACAACUCGCUGCGCGCCACCGUAAACCCUAGCGCUCCGAGAUGCAUGUGGUCCAGCGCCCUGAACUCCCUCAAUCUGUCGUUCGCUGGGCUGGAACAGGUGCCUAAAGGACUGCCAGCCAAGCUCAGAGUGCUCGAUCUCAGCUGCAACAGACUGAACAGGGCGCCGCAGCCUGACGAGCUGCCCGAGGUGGAUAACCUGACACUGGACGGGAAUCCCUUCCUGGUCCCUGGAACUGCCCUCCCCCACGAGGGCUCAAUGAACUCCGGCGUGGUCCCAGCCUGUGCACGUUCGACCCUGUCAGUGGGGGUGUCGGGAACCCUUGUGCUGCUCCAAGGGGCCCGGGGCUUUGCCUAA